AUGGGUAUCUGCUCCUCUUCCUGCUGUGGAGCCAAGUCUCGCGAUGGCCUUUACGAGCCAGUCCUCGCCGACAAUGAGCGGGAAGCUGUGGCAGACCUUCUCCAAUAUCUCGAGAAUCGUGGCGAGACCGACUUCUUUUCCGGCGAACCCUUACGAGCUCUGAGCACCCUGGUCUUCUCCGACAACAUCGACCUUCAGCGCAGCGCAAGUCUGACGUUUGCGGAGAUCACAGAGAGAGAUGUGAGGGAGGUUGACAGGGACACGCUUGAGCCUAUUCUGUUUCUCCUGCAGAAUCCCGAUAUCGAAGUUCAGAGGGCGGCCAGUGCAGCUCUCGGCAACCUCGCCGUCAAUACCGAAAACAAGGUCCUUAUCGUACAGUUGGGUGGCCUGACACCGCUUAUCCGGCAGAUGCUCUCUCCCAACGUCGAAGUCCAAUGCAACGCCGUCGGAUGCAUCACCAACCUAGCAACCCACGAAGAGAACAAGGCCAAGAUCGCCCGAUCCGGCGCACUUGGCCCUCUGACUCGCCUUGCAAAGUCUCGAGACAUGCGAGUGCAAAGGAACGCGACGGGGGCCCUUUUGAACAUGACACACUCUGACGAGAAUCGCCAGCAACUUGUUAAUGCAGGUGCCAUUCCUGUUCUGGUCCAGCUCCUCUCCUCCCCAGAUGUCGAUGUUCAGUACUAUUGCACCACUGCUCUCAGCAACAUUGCCGUCGACGCCAAUAACCGAAGGAAGCUCUCGCAAACCGAGCCCAAGCUCGUCCAGUCUCUUGUUAACCUCAUGGAUUCGUCAUCUCCCAAGGUGCAAUGUCAAGCUGCGCUUGCGCUCCGAAACCUAGCUUCCGAUGAGAAAUAUCAACUAGAUAUCGUCCGGGCCCAGGGUCUGGGCCCUCUCCUACGUCUGCUUCAGUCCUCCUACCUGCCGCUCAUUCUGUCCGCUGUUGCCUGCAUACGAAAUAUCUCUAUCCACCCUCUCAACGAAUCUCCAAUUAUCGAAGCCGGCUUCCUGAAACCUCUGGUCGAGCUGCUCGGGUCUACGGAUAACGAAGAGAUACAAUGCCAUGCCAUCUCCACCCUCCGAAACCUCGCAGCCAGCUCGGAUCGGAACAAGGCCUUGGUUCUUGAAGCCGGCGCGGUCCAGAAAUGCAAGCAGCUCGUUCUCGACGUUCCAGUAACGGUCCAGUCAGAGAUGACUGCGGCCAUUGCUGUUUUGGCUCUUAGUGACGAGCUCAAGACGCACCUCCUCAGUCUGGGCGUUUUCGAUUGUCUCAUUCCCUUGACCCAGUCACCGAGCAUCGAGGUACAGGGUAACAGCGCUGCCGCUCUCGGCAACCUGUCCUCUAAAGUCGGUGACUACUCGAUCUUCAUUCAGGACUGGCUCGAGCCCCACGGCGGUAUCCACGGCUAUCUGAGUCGAUUCCUCGAUAGCGGCGAUGCAACGUUCCAGCACAUCGCCAUCUGGACUCUGCUUCAACUCCUCGAGUCAGAGGACAAAAAGCUCAUGAGCUUGAUUGCUCAGUCCGAAGAUAUCGUCAACAUGAUCAAGCAGAUCGCUACUCGGCCCGUCGAAUACGACAACGAAUUUGAGGAGGACGACGAGGGUGAGGUGGUGAACCUUGCCCAACGCUGUCUCGAGCUGCUAGGGCAGACUUCAGAGAAGACUCAUAUCGAGGGUUAA